AUCUGCUGCUGCUAGAUGCAAGGGAAGAAACGAAACACACCCUUGAACUUCAGCCGUGAGCGGCUGGAGGAGCGCUGGAGGUCUUUUGAACUCUUCCGGCUACCGUCGCUGGGUCCUCUCCGCUGCUUCUGCGCCUGCGCUCAGCUGGACCGCCGUCCAUUUCUGUAUCAGUUAGGAAGGACGUUGGGUUUAAGGUUGGUGUUGAGGAGAAUAACUACCAUGACUUCCGGUGCUUUGGCGAAACCUCAGAUGCGAGGCCUUCUGGCCAGGCGCCUGCGAUUUCAUAUUGUCGGAGCGUUCGCUGUAUCCCUGGGGGUUGCAGCUUUCUAUAAGUUUGCUGUGGCCGAACCAAGGAAGAAGGCGUAUGCAGAUUUCUACAGAAAUUAUGAUUCCAUGAAAGAUUUUGAGGAGAUGAAGAAGGCUGGUAUCUUUCAGAGUGCAAAGUGAUUUUGGAAUGUAAAGAAUUUCUUUGGGUUGAGUUCCAUGGAAGUUUGUCACUGACCUGUGUUCCAGAAGUAUGAAACAUGAAUAUUGGGUUAUGGAAUAGUUUGUCUUGAUAAAUAAACUAACAGAUACUGUGGACAGUAA